UCAACUUGGGAGUAGGCAACUAUCAAGCCAAUCAAAAUUUAGGGGACGUUAGAGCUUCGUCUUAAAGAGUGGAAUGCGAUAGCAUUCAAGGAUCCCUGACUGCUUCUUGCGUUUUCCGGCAACUGCAUGCUUAUGCGACCACAACGUUUACCGGCAAGCGCUGGUGGCGAACGCUAUGUCGUUUUGGCACGUAAAACCUCAUAACUUAGAGCUGUGCCCGGUCACCAAGCACGUGAAGCCUUGUUGCUCAUUGCUUCCUGUUUUAUCAGAACAAGGCACGGCAAGCCUGUCGAGAACUAUCACGCACGAGAAGAUCGAACUUCAGAUGCGCGGCGAAUUGUCGAAUGUUGUCGGCAGCUUCGAGAAUCCCUAAAAAAAAAAAUGCAAAUUAUUUAUUUUCACGGCGGUAUGCAUGAUCUUUCGAAGUAACGGGUGAGUGACGCCUGUUUUUACAAGAAUGUCUGUUACUGGCGUCUCACCGCUUAGCUUGUGAAGUACAUCCGAGUGGAGAGCAAUAUCCUCACGUCUUUCGUCGGAAGCGAGAGAACUACCGCCGCCCCCAAGUGUUAGCGUGGCCCUUGUUCUAUUCGGCACGCCGUUUGUUCUUCACAUUCGUGCACCGCACGCGCACCCGUUGCGUCACUGAAAGCGAAUAUUAAACACAAAUGCACCAGAAAACGAGCACUCGAGGAAGCAAGCGAGCGCGCAAGCAAAACGCAGAAACAAAUUGCCCUUCGCACGCGCCUCGCCUAUACAAACGACCGGGUCACGGAGAGAGGAGGAGUCCAGACCCCGGGUCCGUCGCCUCGCGAAGCCACUGGCCUCUUCGCGAGCGAACAGGUUUCCGAUCAAUCGCGAACGCGGGCCAGCCCCCUCAGCGCGUGACGCUCCUUCCCGCUUCUUCGGCGAAAACGAAACAAAGCAAAAAAAAAAAACCCGUAUUGACCGCCCGGCGCGCACUCUGCUCGUGCAGUCAGCUCGUCCAUCGCCACCGCCGCGCCAGUUCCUCUUAGCGUGAGGCAUAACAGUUUCCAUGGAAAACGAUGAUGUACUGGGGAACAACAAAACUUUGCAAUCGACGAACCGGGCCUCCUCCUCCUCCUCCGAUUCGGGGCCGUUCGCACACAUGGCGUUCCCCGGAGAAUCGAUGUCGCCGCGUGUGGUGGACGUUCCGCACUCCCUUCAUUUCCCCGCAGACGAACGCCGCAGUGGCUUCCCAAUCUGACCGCAGGGAGAAAGUGGCUUUGGUUUGAACGAACACGCAGGGGACACGCUGGAGUCUGGAAAGCUCGGUGUAGUCUCUGGGACUGUCCAUUAGGUUAGUGCGGAUGGCGAAACGGUGUUGGACAAUGCGUAGAUGCCGCGUCGGUCUUAUUGCAAGCUGCGAGAUGUAGAAACUGAAGGCGUAGGGUUGUCUUGAAAGCGCCGGCGCAACCUUGAGAGCCGAUUGUUGAAAGGCUUAGCGUUGAGUCCUACAGGUGCUCCCGAUAUGAUUGGUGGUUCGAUCAUCGUAUGCGCGUUCACAGAGGGUAGCUCCUAUAUAUUUUAGUCGUAGCUGCGAUGAACGCGUGCGAGUGGUACUUUGCAGCGAAGUGAGAUAUCGGGGAGAUUGCUUUAUGUAGAGGGUUGACCACCUCAGUUGGGAGAGAUGUAGCCGCGUUUAUUUCCCCGUUGAUGGCUGUCGACGUUUCCAAGUUCAUAACUGAGUGGUCGGAGAAUCGUCUAUCCACAGGUACCGCUAUGAAGUCUUUUUCACCCUUGACAAAGCAAGCCGAAUAAUUGUCACAACUCAGCUCAUUGCUUGGCGUGAGAGAAAUCGGGAGAUAAGCUGUACGAGGCCUUAAUUCUGUCAGCGUUAACGAGGCUAGACAGCGCAGUAUGAACUUAAAAGACUUUCCUUCCUUGAGUUCGAAUUGUCGGUAGAUGCUAGCAUCGGCGUUUUUUGACGCGCACAAAAACAAUUUACAGCGUGUUAUUUGCCUGUGCCGCCGCUGGGUAGUUGAUUCAUCAAGAAAGUGUUGGGUUUCAGAAGGAGCGUGCUAUUACACCUUUACUAUACGCCAUCACUGUUUCUCGAAAGACACCAAUGCGGGUGUCUUGUUCGUUGGCAGUUGAGAGCCUCAAAAUGACCCCUGCUGUGUCGAAGCACAUUUGAAGGUGGCUGUUUGACAUUGAAGACGCCACAUGAACUCUCGACUUCGUCUUAAGGAGCGACUGUCGGUGAUCGUUUUCAAGACGAGUGGCGCUAAGCAGUAUCCGUGCAGAAGCUGACAACUUCUGGGACUAUGGGCUGCGUUCCCUCCACGCGAGUUUCGUCGAGUGUGCCUAGAGCCGAGAGCGUCAUUGUCAAGGACACGGGUUCGAUGCCGACGACGCCUGUGCUCACAAACCCUGCCGGAGACGUUGAGGACGGUGAACCUGUUUUUAGGAGUGAUGAAGCGGACCCGGAUUUGCAGAAAGUGGAACCGGAUUUGCAGAAAGUGGAACCGGAUUUGCAGAAAGUGGAACCGGAUUUGCAGGAAGCGGAACCGCAGGCGCUGGUCCAGCGGACCCCCACGCCGAGGCCGCUGACGGGUCAGGCCCAGAGCCCGGACUCCGGAGUGCACGAGCUCUACGACGAGUACGCCGACGUGGUGACGGAGUUCUCGGCACCCGAGAAAGUGCGCGCCGUCGAGCUGGAGUUCAAACCUCUAGCGGACAUCGAGCUGGUCGUCGAAGGAAAGCAGUGUCCUCGUCGCAUGAGCGGCAAGGACAGGGAGAGGCACGAGCAGGAAGCCAUCCUGAACAAGCUCAGGACGGAAGGCCUCGUGCUCCGACCAGAGAGCAAAGCGUCCGGCGGAAUUUCGUUCGAACUUGUAUCUACAGAAAGCGAGGUAAAGCCUUCCAAAGGUCCGGUGCGACAGCUUCCGCCCUUGCUUCAGAAGAAGAGGAAAAACAAGGAACGCACUCGUGUGACGAAAGAAAGUAUUCUCGACAAGCUCGAAAAGGCGGAAGACCGGCGGAAGAAACAAGUUGAAGAAAAGGUUAGAAAGGCAAAGGCAUUUUUAGAAGAAACGUGCCCAGCGAGAAAACCGGCUGAAGAAGAGGCGAACGUUAAUCAUGCUGUAAAAAUGACUUCCAAGGCAGAAAGCAGAGAGAAGCGGUUGGAGGAUAUGGUCCGAAAGUUGAAAGCCAAGGAGGAGCACGCCGAGCGAGUCCGAAGAAGAAAACUCCUGCGGCAAGCGACCAUCCAUGACUCAACAGAGGCGCCCGCCUAGCAUCCGUUCAAGGCGUUUGCAGCGGAUCCUUUCAGCGUAGUGCCAAGCUGGCAUUCCCGCAGCACGCAGUGCCCACACUAUUCCAGUCCACGUCCUUGGUUUACCAUGCUGAUUAAUGCCAAGCUAGUCUGUUAUCCCAUGCUCUCUUGUAUGCCUUCGCUUCAGAUUUACCGUACGAAAACAUCCUGAUCUAUCCUCAUCGAAAGCAAGAGCCACUGCACCCAGGGGCUCAGCAAUUACCUAAUGUCCAGGACAUGGCGUCUGUGACGUGAUUCAGGCUUCCGAAUCAUUUCCGGCGCGUGCAGUCGACAUUAGCGUUGUUCCAGACUUGUUUCUGUUAUCCCGAGGGAGCUGUCACCGGGCCUGCACUUGGACACCACUGAUUGAUAACGAAUGAAACUAGAAGGAGUUGGUAAAGAUUUUUGUUACUGAACGGCAGGUGAGGAAAACACGAGACUAGAAGGAAAGAAAUAGGCAACACAAAUGCCGACCAUCCACUGAGAAGUCGCACAAUGGCGGGAAGAAAAGAAAGAAGAUGACACAAAACUUAUCUGCGCAUGCUGAAGGAAAGACAGCGCCAGCCCGUCAAUCAAGGACACUUGCGGGCACCCGCGACAGAUAACUGGUCAAGCAUGGCAAUCCUUUGUCGAGAUUCACUUACGCACGUGCUACCUUCAUUAACGGUACGCCAUGCCUCGUCCAUAAAGUAAAUUUAUUCGUUCUCCUGUCUGAAGAAAGCUGUAAUCUCAAAGAAAAAAUUGGGAGUACACUUGCAAUCGUAACGGCGCAGCGAAAAAAAUGGACUGCGUUCCACUCGUCAACGAACGUUUAUGCUCAAAUACUCUCUGAUUGAUGCAACGACUUGUCGGUGCUACAAUAACGUCAUCGCAGCUAAAGGAAAGUUGUGAAACUAUACCCGUUUAGGCCUUCCGCGAACUUGCAGGGAUGCUUUGCAUACACACCGCUCCUUUCUAUAUUACACGAAUGUUCUCUCCGCUACAUUGCGGGCAGUUGCACAUCGCGCGAAAGCCGGCUUCGAACUUUCCUGUAGCGUGGAUCGCCAGAUCGACCGAUCAUAAUCACACUUAGACUCAUGAAGAUGAACGGAAACGCAUGUUUUUCGCAUAGGUAUCACUUUGUACGAUAGACAAGACGCGAACCAAGGGAGCCUGCUUCAAGUACCUGUCUGACACAUCACGAAGGAACCAGAUUAAACAAAGUAUGUGUAUUUGAAUGCAAAUGAUUUACAGAGAGACAGCACUUUUAAUUCAGUUUUUCUUGGUAGUUAAAAAAGCUGCACAUGCAAUCAAUAACAAUAAUUCGCAAUGCAUAGUCAGUGGACGUGCAGUACACAAUGUGAUAACAGUGUUUUCCUUAUCGGUAGGGAGCGUUCGCUUACUCAUACUCCACGAAGCAAAUGCAGUCCACAGCACUGUGAAGUUGCACAACGAAAAGGCGUACCAUACCAUGCCAGCGAUGCUAGAAACAUUUACAUGAUCGUUCCAGAAAAAAAGAAAAAAAAAAACGUGUGCGUUGUGGUCUAGAGGAAGGAGGUAGCGAUAUGGCGCAGACAAUCUACGUUGACUUCGUGAAUUAAAAGCGACACAUUACAUGCAAAGAAAAGCGCGCAGACGUUGUGGCGAUAAAGAUAAAAAAAAACGCGCAACAUAUUUUACAAAGUGGGACCGUGAAGUAUAUGACAUUUCGUAAAUUUACGCAGUGAGCUACAUUUAUGAAUCGGGUGACAGCAGUUUCACUUGGUGUGCACAUUAAUAUUAUCUGACUUGAAGAAUCACGCAAAAGGAUGCCUUCUAUUGUACGCAGCUCAAACGCAACGCACUCAUCGAAGCGACUAGGGUGUCUAGAAAUGCCUUGCGUCAGGCUUGAGCUAGAGGUGGCGGAUGCAUAUUUUAUCAGAUUGGUAAACGACGGAUGUAUCUGCGCCACAUCACUGAUCGCAAAAAUAAAAUUCAGUUCUGAGAUAUUUUUCUUUAAUUGUAUUACACUGUGAACAGUGACUCGGUCCUCACGUG